UUUGUUUUCUAUCGUCUUUUUCUUUCGUUCUUCACCGCCCUGCCGUUUGGUCACAAUUGGUUCUUAUUCUCAGACAUCAAAAAAUGGCACGUACUCCUGCAAGAAAGCCAAAUCCUCCUCCUCGCCGUGGCCAGAAGUAUGCCUUUAUUACUCUUAAUCAGGUUUUUAAUGCCAAUUUUGCGCGAAAAUACAACGUAUCAUUUUGUGCGGUUCGUUGUGACAAUCCUCGGGAGUCUGAUAGGCUAAAGAAAUGUUCCGCUUUGGCCAUAGCGAAUUAUAAUAUGCUAAAGGGUACACACUACCAAUUUGUCAAUGUUGAGAUGGCUACUUAUGAAAUAGUUGCUGGAACCAUUUACCAUAUCACCUUUAAAGCCAGGAAUGCUGAGAAUGAGAAUGAAUGUAGCUCUUUUCAAGCCACUAUGUUUCAUAACAAAUCUAUCAGAAAGGUUAUGUAUAUAAGGAAGAAAGGGAGCCGUAAUUGGUGUGAUGGGAGUCUCAGCGAGGUUGUUGAGACUCAACCUAGUGAGGAGGGGGAAUCAGCUAAUCCUGUUAUCCACCAGGACAUGAGAGGGCCUCAACAGCCGUUAUUGGUGUAUUCUAGAAGAAAGGGUAAUAGGGUCCACAAUGAGUAGUUGGUUAGAGUGCCAAGGAGAGAGAAGAUUACAUUUAAUCCGGUGAUUACGGUUGUUCUGUGUUGUUGUUGCUGCAGUGAUUGAUGUUGUUAAUUUCUUAUGUUUAAGAUUUGUUGGUAUGGAUUUUGUUUGGCUUUUUAUGUUGUUAUGUUGAAGAUGACUUUAUUUAUGGGGUUUUUUUCCAUGAAGAUUGUUGUUGUUGUUGUUGUUGUUGUUUAGGUUGUAGUUUUUGAUCAUUUUCUGGUAAUAUCAUCAUCACAUGCCUCUUCCUUUUAUGAUUUUUUUAAUUCAUCAGGUUCCUA